AACGAACGAAAUGGCGUUGAAACAUCACCCGAAUGGUCACGUCAACGUCAGGUUUGUGUAGAGCGUUGUAAUCGUUACCAGUUGCUGCUGGACAGCUUUGACAGACCGAGGAGGGAGGUGCUGAAUGACCCGACGUUUCGACUGUUGGUCUAUGAAAUGGACUUGAGGCGGCGUCCAAUCAUCCACACCGAUAAUAGUUUCAUCUCGAGUGAUACUAUUAUAAACGAUUUUACAAAUUAUGUUAUCAAUGGCAGUAAUAACAGUAAUAAUAAUAGUAAUAGUAAUAAUAAUCAGUCACGCGGAAGGAUACAGCUAACGCCAGUGUUUUUUAUGCUAAAUCAAAGCAGUCAGAAACCGAGACUGGCCACAUUCAUACGACGCGAUCUGUCCGUUCUGUUGCGAAUCAACUCACCGCAAUUCUCGUCGACAGNGGCCAGAUUGGUGAGCAUUAGACCGGCGUAUGCGGAUCGUUUUGCCGAGUUGUUGUUUGACUUCGCCUCGUCGGGAGUGGAUCUGGAGAGUUUCGACCAGAACAGUCAGUAUUUUGGUGAGGACGAAGCAAGACGACGGCAGUUGGCGAAUGCGAGAAGGUCGGUGAACGAGAAUGGGUUUGACGAUGUUUUGGUGGAUGAAACGAUGCCAGUGAGCCGCAGACCGAGACCCAUGCCAACGAAUCCGUUUCUGAGGUUGCAUCGGUCUAGUGUUCGGAAUAUUCAGAAUGGAGAGAGACAGCCGCAUCCAAUUAAUUCGAGAUCGAUGCGUUGGCCGGGUCGGGGAAGUAAUCGGAGCGAUAGUUUUAAUGAUGACAGUUCGGUGGAAGUGGUGGUGAUUUAUCGAGGAGCCGCGAAGAUCUGCAAGGCAACGGUCGAGCAAUUUUUUGGCAUCGAUGGCGAGACGAAGUAA